AUUUUAACGAUACGAUAACGCAAUUAGUGCUAACUACCUAGUAAAAAUCCAAGAUUUAUUUUAUGUGCCUAGUGUUAGGUGCUGGUAUUAACGGCAAGAAUGUUACAGCAUUAUAAACGAAAAUGGUUUCUAGUUUUAAUUUUCCAGAUUCUAAUAGCCAAGAAAAGUAAUCAACAGAGCGGCGAAGAUGAUGGUUUUAUCCCGACUACGGAGCAGGCGGAAGAGGAGUGGCACAUGGAUUUUAUGCCUACUGGAUAUCUGCCCGACAGCGUAUAUCGCGAGCUGGCGUGGUAUGGCAUUCUUCAGAUCCAGCCGCUGCACCACAGCGCCAAGUUCAAGGUCGCAGCACAGCUGAUAUGGCAGCACACGCUGGGCCGGCCCCACGUCAUAAUGGAGAACCCACCACAGUCUACUCAAGGUCCAGGCAAGGUGAGCCGCCAGAUCCUAGCGGAGGAGGCGGCGAAGUGGUCGCGUGAGCAGCGCGCGGCGCAGGAGGUGCUCAUGGAGAAUAUCAAGAGUGGCGGCAACGGGCUUACCAUCCGCACCGUCGUCAGCGCCUCGCACAGAACCGUCUAUAUUAUACAAAACGGUAAUUACUAUGAAUGUCCCGUUGGUUCGGAGCCUGAUCAAGAUGCAUACCGAACGCAGGCGAAUAUGCAUGAUCGAAAAUGCACAUUUGGCAAGGAGUCUGUAAAGGUAGAUGUCGACCCUUGUAUCGAAGCUGAAGUGGCUCCCAUUGAAUAUUCUUUCAAUGAAGGCUGGAUGUUCUGUCUCGGCAGUGGAGAGAGGGACAACAACUAUUUCAAGAAUGGUACACUAGACUGUGGAAAUAAAACUAAGAUAUCGAUGGAUGAUUUUCUGAAGUUAUGUGCGAUCGAUAACAACGUAGUCAUCAGCUUCGAUUACUUCGGUGACGAGCCUCGCAAAGACCUGAUACGGAAUGCAACAUUCUGCAGCACUUGGGACCCCUGCAAAAUUUCAUAUCUAUACCGGCUUGAGGCUCCUCCAGAUGAAUUGACCCCGCAAUUCCCCACAACUACUGAGAACCCAUGCGAGACUACUCCAUGUGACUUCUGUUUGGAGGGCUACACGGAAGAUAAGGGCCAUGAGAUUUCAAUUGACGACGCAAAUGAUAACAAAAAGAAAAAAUAAAGCGAAGCACUAUUACCGUUGUACUAUUUCUUGUAUUAAAUUUUCAUCGGAU